AUUUUGUAAUGUAAAUUCAUCGUGUGUAGUGUAGUUUUGUCAUAGAACAUUAAUGUCAACACCAGAUAAGGAGCUAUUGGGUAGGCGAACUCUGGACGCGGACACUUAAACACUACAACCGAAAUGUCCACCAAGCAAGACUGCCUGGAACUGCUCAGUUUGCUUGUGCAUGCCAAGAAUCCGAAACCACAAGAGUUGAAGCCAUGUAACCAGCAUGAGCUACUGAUGCAGCUCAUCAGCCGUCGAAAGGAACAGCUGACCAAGAACCAACUCGCGGAUUUACUUUGGAACAUUUCCAACGGACCAAAAAAGAAGACCUCCAGAUCGAAGAGACGACAGUGCGGUGGGAUGGACUGCAUUUCAGAGCCCACCGAUGCCGAAGUAGUGUUCGGGUGCCGGGAAAAGAUGCCACCUUCAACUAUUGCCCAGACAGGCUGGGAAAGAUCACGUAUCGAAUGGCUGCGGAAGUUGGAAAUUCAACAGAGGCAAUGCUAUGAAGCCUGGCAAGAGACAACUGGCGUUCCUAGCAUCAAGGUAGAAAGUAAACCUGGCAAAAAGGACAAGGAUUGCAAGAUACCCAGCAAAAAGGUUAAGAAUUGCAGGACACCAAGCAAAAAAGGCAAGCCAGCCAGCGAAGGGAAUGAUAAAAGUAGAAGCAGGAACAAGAAAAAGAUACCCGGCUGGUGGUCCCUGCUGCCCUUCAGCUGCGGCUGGGACCUCGCCCACGAUUCCAGCUGCCAGGACGUGCCACACCGCAAGAAGAGUUCGUGAUUUGCCUUUUGCGCCCCAGAGCGGGCGCAUCAACUUUUUCGACCAGCCUGCACUUUGAUUUCGAUUUCCAAUGCCAGCACCGCCUGCACCGCAAUUAAAUUCGUCUGCAGACACAACUCUCGACAAGUGCCAGUUGCCAGUUGCCAAAGUUGCAUCCUGCGGCUGACAAGUGGCUUCGCUGAAAGGGCGAGUCUGAUUCGCUUAGCCCAGGCACGGCCUAAUUUGAUGAAUUCGUCAAGUGCCAGCUCGAAGAGCAAGUUUUAGGCGCCAAUUGAAAUCGGCGAGAGUCUUGAAGUUGGCCUUCAGUUCAAAAAGCCAUCGAGUUGAUGAACUUUACACAAUAAACAGGAUAGGGAUUAAAGUUUUGGUUUUUCGUUGUAUUGAAAUGACUUUAAAUACCGGAAGUUAAAUUAAAUCAGUUGCCGAAACGAGAA